AGUUCUCACUUACGACUUCAUUCUUGUAUUACUUUUCUAUCCUUCCUCAUGGCAUACUACGAGGAUCGUCGCUACGCGCGCGACCGUCGCCCAGCCUCCGGUUACGCUGCAGACUAUUACGAUGACCAUCCGCGGGGCUACUCGCGCUACGAAAGAGAAACCUAUCCUCGCGCAACCAACGACUCUGUCGAGGAAAUCCAGCGCGAGUAUCCCCCGGGUUCGGACUAUGUCUACGAGCGCGGCUAUGACUCCAGGCGAUCGCGACGCCCCGUUUAUGAAAACAUACGACGGUCGUCGUCGGUCAGUGGCUACGAUCCUUAUUACUCUCGUCCGAGACAGUCCAGGAAUUAUGACGAUCGCCGUCCUCGUCGCUCCAGAUACGACUCUGCUUCUUCUACCAGCCCUUCUCCAUCGCGUAACAGACGCCGCAAGUCUCUAGGCGAGACUGCUCUUGGUGCCUUUGGCCUCGGUGCCGCUGCUUCAUCCUCCAGACGCUCAGACCGCGACCGAGAUCCCCGUGGCCGUCGCCGUUCUUCCUCCCGCCACGGUGGCCGAUCAUCUUAUUCGUCUUCGCGAUCUCGAUCUCGCAGCCGUGAUCGAGGCGCUCGCUCUGGUCGGAACCGCCAGCGCAGUGAACAGCGUAUGCAACAGGCAGCACGCGCCGCGCUUACAGCUGGUGCUGUGGAAGCCUUUCGCUCCCGCAAAGAACCCGGCGCGUGGACCGGUGACAAAGGAAAGCGCAUUCUCACCGCUGCUGUCACUGCUGCUGGCACCGAUGGUCUGGUCGACAAAGAUCCCAAAAAGCACGGAACCCGUCAUGUCAUCGAAUCUACCCUUGCAGGUCUUGCUACAUCCCACUUCGUCAACGGGGGACGAUCCCAGUCCCGCGGUCGUGGUAGUAAUGGCCGCAGUCGUUCGUCCGGUGGCGCUCUGAAAGAUCUCGCCGCAACGGGCGCUUUGGCCGCUGCCGGUAAAGAGAUAUUUGAUCGGGUGUCGCGUUCGCGAUCCCGGCCUCGCGGCCGCGGGUCUGACGACAGUGACGAUGACCGCCGGGGGUCCAAGAAACGCAGCAAGAGUGUCUCAGACUACAUCAACAAGGGCAUGGCCGCCCUGGGCAUCGGAGAAGAAGGCAAAGAGCGUGAGCGGAGCAGAGACCGUGGCGAUCGUGACUAUGAUCGCCGUGGGGAGCGGCGUUCUCGUCGUGACCCGCGGUACGACGAGUAUUCCGACUCGGACGCAGAAAGUGACUAUCGCAGCAGGGCAUCCAGGGACAGACGAGGCAAAGGUUCGAGAGAUGUAGGUUCAUAUCGUUCUGUGAACGGUCGAAAUUCAAACCCCCAAGCACCCACCAGCGCACCACGCGGCGCGUACGGCACACGCGCUCGAUCCGCCGAUGAAGGGUGCGACUGCUCCGAGAGUGAUUCUGACUUAGGUGAUAGUUCUGAUGAGAAGAAGAAAUCGAAGAAGCUGAAGCGUGAUAUGCUACUAACCUCUGGUCUGGCUACCGUUGCGACCAUCCACGCAGCCCAUGGAGUGUACGGUGGCGUGCAGAAGAGGAAAGUGCGGAUGAAGGAACUGGAAGAGGGAAAGAUUACAGCUGAGGAGGCUCGCAAACGUCGCAUGAAAGCGAAUACCAUGGAUGCCUUCGCGGUGGGUCUCGCGGCUCUCGGUAUCAAGGGUGCCUAUGGGGAGUGGAAGGAGGUCAAUGAGAAACGCAAAGAAAACAGCCACUUCAAGCAUGAGUGCGCCGAGCGGGCUGUCAAGCGUGAGCAGCGUCGGUCUCGCAGUCAAGGCCAUGGGCCUGGCCGAAAUCGAUGGCCGGAUGAAAUUGAAUACCCUGAUUCUCCGGCUCACAACGGUGUCUCCUAUCACGAUGGCAAUCCGUAUGGAGCCACCUCAGAUGCGCCGCAGAUCGCCUACUAG